GAAUUGCAUUUAUUAUCAGAGCCUGGGUGUGUAUAGUUGAUUCAGUUAGAAGGUUCUACCAGAUACCCCAUUUUUAACAUUUGGAUUUGUCUGAGUUAUUUUCAUGUAUUGUGACAAGAAAUCCUUUGGAAGAUUGUAGCUUUCUAACUAUCAAUAAUUGUCUUCAUAGUGGGUUAGUUUCAGAAAUAAACCCGUGCUCAUAUUGAUCUGGUGACAUCAUGCUUUGCAAAGUCUGUCUAGGGUCAGACAGCUCACUUAUUAUUUUAGACACAUUUGUCUGAUUUUUUUUAUCUGUUUGGUUAUUCAGCUUCUCAAAUAUUUAAAAACUAAUCUUUAGACCCUAAUAUACUCAUAGUGGUGCUUUCUUUUCCAGCUUUGUGAAGCCUCCUGACGUUUUAGAUCAAGCACUGUUAGUAGGUCAGAAGACAGCAUCUCAAAAUGUCUGCCGGUAAGUAUAGCUACAGAUUAGAUGAAACUUUUUUCUGUUGAAUAAAAUAGAUAAAAAUGUUACCUUUGAAAAUAAUUGCGACUAGCUUCCUGUAACUUUAUUAUACAUAUUAUUUUUUUGUUAAUUUAUAGUAUAGGCUUACUGAAUUUUUUACAUUUUGUUUCCCUUUUAGCUUUUUCAGAUAAAAGACAUGGGUAAUAAUAUUUUUUAAGUCAAAUGAAUACAAUUUUCCUCAAACUGAUAUCAGCUAAUUGCUUUCAAGACUUUGCUCCACAAAAUUGUAAAAGGCGUGCAUGUAACUUAGGGAACAUAAUUCUUAAAACUAAUUUAAUUCUGCUGCAAUAUUUAAACUUAUCAAAUUACUUACUUAUUCUUUAAAAUGCAUUUUGAGUCGAGUAAAAUUAUUUUAAUACAACACGAUGCUCCCUCUAAAUUUUCACAUUUUCUAUGUCAAGGAAUAAAACAUAGUGUUCAAAGGAUAUGUGUUGGGCAAGUUAACCUGAAAAUAGGCUUUGGAAAAAAGUUUAUAUGCACAGAUAAUUCUUGAAUGCUAGCAUAUUACACUUUUUGCCGAUACACAGCUCCAUAUCUUAAAGGGAAUAUCUGGGAUCAAUAAGAGUGUAUAAUAAUUAUUAUUUUUUUUUUUCCAGUUUUUAUAUUUAAUAUAAGACCCAAAUUUCUUUAAAAUGAAUGCCUCAUUGAUUAGAGCCUUUCAAAAUUACUGCUUGCUACAUGAAUCUAUACAUUAAUCCUACACUGGAUUAUGUUACAUAUGGUUCUCACUUCUUUCUAAUGCUGCUUCAUAUUGGAAUUACGAAGUAUGCAGCUGGUUCAGUUUUCUAUGCAUGAGGGAAACGCAAAAAAAGAAAACUGUCCAGCAUCGCAUACACCCUAAUCGGCAGGCAUAUGAUGCUAUUGUUGUGUGGAAGGGUAAAGGUAACAAAACCAUUUUGAUUAGUGUUUUACCAUUUUUUUUUUAAAAAUAGAUGUCCUUAUAGUUUAAUUUUUAAAAAAAAAUUGUUAUCUAUUCCCAGCAAAUUUUCUUUUGGUACAAGAAGGAAACCUUUUUUUAAAAAAAACUACCACAUCCCAAAAUGUAUUUCUGUACUAUACCAAUGUCAUUGUGCUUAUGUUUUUUGCAUGGGUUUGUUCUCAUUAUGUUGUAUGAAAAAUUAAAAUGCACACUUAAAUUUAAUUAAUUAUAUAUAGCCUCUUAACACUUCACAAAAAUAAAAAAUCUUUGAGAGAAGAUGAUUUUGCUGUUAAAUUGUAAUUAUUUAUAUUUUUUUAUUUUAACAACCAAUGCUUAUACAUUUGCAUCUGCACAAAAUGAAAGGCAUUUCAUGACACAUGAAAUAUUAGUGCUAAAUUGUCUGUGAUUGAAUGUUUUUCCUUUUUAUUUACUGUUAUAUUGUAGCAUCAAUCUUCAUUUUAUCAAUUAAUUACAGAAAGCUCUAUUAAAAAUCAUUUGUAUUUAUUAGAAACUAUCAGCAGGCUUUACUUUUUAAUACUAAAACAAUAUUGCUACAAAAUUUACAAUUUUAAAAAAAAAUAUAAUCUUUUUAAAUGCAAUGCAUCAUUAAAAAUAACAGCUGAGGCUUGCUUAAAUUUGAGUUUCAUGAAUGUUAAAUUUAUGCUUUUGAGUCUUUUCAAUAAAUUGAAUUGCUAUAAUCUUACAAUUACAAGAUCUUGGACAUCAAUUUCCAUUUCAUCUGCUGACCCUUCCUUGAAAUCAGUGCAUACUUAAUUAUACAUCUUUAAAAUUGUUUUAAAACCCUUCAUAGAAAACCAGAAAGCAAAGAAUGGUGGUAUCAGUUUCGAUGUAAUCCUAAAACCUGCUACUGUAGAAAGUCCACGACCACCCAUCCAACUGUCCCCAAGAGGAGAUGUUGUCAAGAAACGAGAGUUAUCACAGGAGCAGAUUGAGAAUAAACUCAAAAAAGCAGAAGAACGCAGAAGUGUAUGACAUUUUUGUUGUUGUUGUUGGUACUCAUUGUUAGUGCCUUUUUUUCCAAACUUAGGUUCAUAGCUAAACUAAUAAUAGCUGUAAGUUAUUUUUAUGAUAGGCGUUAUACAGUCAGUUUACUUCCUACUGCGCCAGAUGCAAGACUCCUGGUUGAGUUUGAAAGCUGAUGAAAUUCAGGGCUUUGCAGACAAGAAAGACAUGGAAAAACUUCUACCGUGGCCUGAGAGAAAUCUAUGGAGUUGCCACCUCAGGCUCUUCCCCUCUCCUUAGUGCAGACGUUUCUACACUCAUUACAGACAAGGAGAAAUUCUUGGAAAGAUGGGCGGAACACUUUGAUAGUGUGCUCAAUACGCCUCGAAACAUUAAUGAUGAGGCCAUUGAAAGACUGUCCCAGUUCCCAACAAACAAGUCAAUGGACGCUGUCCCAACUUUGGUGGAGAUACAGACAGACAUCCGCCAAAUGUCUAAUGGCAAAGUACCUGGCUCCAACAUUAUUCCUGCCGAAAUCUACAAAGAAGGUGGACCAGCGCUGAUGGAUAAGCUAUUGUGUCUAUUCCAGAUCAUCUGGCAGACGGAAACUGUACCACAAGACCACAAGGAUGCCUCGAUUAUACCUUUACAAACACAAAGGAAACCGCCAGGCUUGCGACAAUCACCGCAGAAUUUCACUGCUGUCCAUUGCAGGCAAGAUCUUGGCCCAAGCCCUUCUGAACCGCCUAAAUGCACAUCUGGAGCUAGGUCUUCCACCCGAAAGUCAACGUGGUUUCCUCAAAAAAUGCUGAAAUAUCAAUAUGGUGUUUGCUGCUAGGGAGCUUCAAGAGAAAUGUCAGGAGCAAAAUACCAACCUAUAUUCCACAUUUAUCGACUAGAAUAAGGCUUUUGACAGGGUCAAUAGAGGUGGUCUGUGGAAAAUUAUGAAGAAUUAGGGCUGCCCAGACAAGUUCACCAUCAUCAUCCAUCAGCUGCAUGAUGGCCCGAGUGAAGGACAAUGGUCAGUCAUCUCAAACAUUCCCCGUCACAAAUGGUGUGAAGCAGGGCUGUGUCCUUGCUCCCACACUCUUCAGUAUUAUGUAUUUUGCAAUGCUGUCUGAUGCAUUCAAGGAAUCCACCAGAGGCUUGCCAACCAUGUUUUGCACUGAUGGAUCAGUAUUCAACCUUAGGAGGCUUCAAGCUAAAACCAAGGUCAAACAUAACACCAUCAAUGAGCUUCUGUUUUUGGACGAUUGUGCCCUCAACGCUGCUCAGAAGCUGCAAUAACUUUGGCCUCACAAUCAACACAAAGAAGUACUGAGGUGAUGUGUCAGUCAGCUCCCUGUAAGCCCUACGUUGAACCCAACAUCAUCAUCAGUGGACAGGGUCUCAACCCGGUGGAUAAAUUUACUUAAUUGGGCAGCACCCUCUCCAGAUCUGUUGUCAUGGAUGAUGAAAUGAAUGGCAGACUUGCAAAAGCUAGUGAUAUAUUUGGCAGGCUCCACAGCACUGUUUGGGACAUGAGAGGUAUCAGACGAGAAACGAAGAUCAAGGUCUAUAGCGCAGUAGUCCUCUGGACAUUGCUCUAUGGAUGUGAAACGUGGACAGUCUACCAGCGUCACGUCAAGAAACUGAAUAAUUUUCACACAAUCUGCCUCAGGAAACUCCUCGGCAUCAGGUGGCAAGACAAAGUUCUGACACAGAGGUCCUGGCUAAAGCGAACCUACCAAGUAUCUUCACCACCCUGAUGCAAUCUCAACUCCGUUGGAUGGAACACGUAGCCCUUAUGAAAGACCACCGGUUCCCAAAACAGAUAUUCUUUGGAGAACUCACAAUAGGCAAGCGCUUCCAAGGAGGUCAAAAAAGGCAUUACAAAGACUCACUGAAAGCGGCACUAAAGGCCUUCAGCAUCAACCCUACUCAAUGGGUGCAGACAGCCCAGGACAGAGCCAGCUGGAGAGCAGAUGUCAAGAAGGAGGCUAAAUCCCAUUAAGCUAAUAGGAUAACCACAGCUGAGACACACCGGCUGGCCCGUAAGAGCAACAUUAGGACACCGUCUGCAGCAACUAUCCCCUGCCCAUGGUGCCAGAGAUUAUUCCGAGCACGGAUCGGUCUAGCAAGCCACCUACGAGCUCACCGGAUGACUCUAUGUUCCUAGUCGAUUUCGACGGACGAACUACUUCCUGCCAAUAUAAAAAAGAAUAUAAAGGAGUUAUAGGCUAUAUUUAAUCUAAAAUUUGUUUAAAUUUUAAAAGACUUUAUAUAAAGAUAGUACUAUUACAGUCGGCUGUGAAAAGCACUCAAAGUUAUUCCCAGUCUAUUGUAUAACGAACGCUCGACAUUAUUCCCAACCAAUAUAUGGUUUACUGAUGCUAGCUCAAUGUUAUUCCCAGCCGACUGUAACCACUUCAUAUUUUUAUAUAAUCUUUCGUUUGUGCAGUUGAUUAAUAGGUAUUCAAGUUUCAACUUGUGCCUAUUUUAUAUUUAAAAAUAGCGAAUUAAAUUAUUUUUCAUAUAAUUUUUUUUAAAAUUAGCUUAUUGAGCAAGAGCGCAUGGAACAGCUGGCCAAGGAGCGUCAAAAAGCAAUUGAAGUUGUCACAAAGGCUCAAAGUGAAAGUGAACAGUUUUCUCAAAAGACCAAGGAAAAGCUUCGGCGGUCAAUGGAAGUCAGAAGAGAAAACAGGGAAACUCAGAUCAGGGCGCUACAAGAGAGGCUAAGAGAACAUGUAGGUAUCAGUGUUGCUCGAUUAUUUUUUUAUUGUUGUGUAGCUUUACAUUGUGAAUUUCUAUCUGGGUCUGUUUGUGACUGUUCAACUCUUUCCCUUUACCAAGACUAAUUUGCCCCUGCUAAUAAAUGGCAUUUCAAUUUUAUUUUCACAAGUAUAUUUCUGAGUAAAUGCAUAGACUAGCAGUUAAUGGAAAGAAACGUUAUUAAUUUCUCUAUAAAGUAUUACCUUAAUUUUUUUAUUACUUUACAUCUCUCUUUAAAAGUUUGUGUCUUUGUAUCGGUAAUAUUAUUUAAUGCAAUAGAAAAAGGGUUUAUUUUAAAAUGUGCAUAUUAGUAGCAUCUAAUUGAAGUUAGAUUUUGCAGCGCUGUGAUGAUUGACAGGGGUGAUAUAAUUAUUGUUCCUGUUUAAUUUUUUGUGCAAGGACUUAAAACUAUGCGAGUGCUUGGUAGUCUUUACUGAUUUGUAGAUCUUUAAUAUAAGGCUAUCUGAAUGAGAGAUUAUUUUUUUUAAUCACUUAAUUUAUUUCAAAGGAAAGGGCAUGGGCGUCCCUGAACAUUCAAGCUAAAGUAAACAUGUUUUGCUGGGUUGGUUUUUAAAAAAUCCCACUUAAAAAUCUUAAAAUUUACAGUUUUAAAAAAAAAUUAAACAAAGGACAUGCUCUCACAUGCCGAUUUAUUAAAUUAUUAAAUCCAUGAUAUUCUUACUUUAAAUAAUCCUUUAAUAAAAUUAAGAAUAGAAAUUAUCAUUUUUAUUAACAUUCAUCUCAUAUAAAUGAAUGCAACCCUGAUAACUCUAAAACACUAUCUUAUUUUGUUUAUUAUUAAAUUAUUUUUGGCCAAUUAACAUAUUUUCCCGAUUAAAAAUUCUAUCGUUGUUGUUUGUAUACAUUUUAAAGGGGUGUCUCAUGAGUUGUAUGAUGUCUCAUGAUUUUACUCUGUGUUCAAUAUUUGAUAGCUAUUAUUAGGUGUUUUUAUUUAACAACUAAAGCCCUGACCAAUGCUUCUCAAACUUUGGGCUCCAUAUUACUUUUUGCUUUUAUGAAAGUUUUCUUCCUUAAAAAACAAAUUUCUAUUAAUUUCAACACUUUUUGUUAUAAAUUUAGAUCUAAACAGGCCAUUUGGAUCAUUGGCUCAUAAAUUAAUUUACUUACUUACAUACAGGAGCACAUAAGAAAACAACUGAUCAAGGGCUUUGGGUUGAUUAUACUAUGAAUAUGUCCAUUUCUCUGUAUAAAGCUUGUUCAUUGAGUUUAUACAUCCAACUGGAUAAUAAACUCUCACAUGGUGAACUAUUUCUCCUUACCUCAGAAUUUCUUCAUUAUUUUUUCUUGCAUUCAUUUUGUUUUUUGUUUUUUUUUUUCUCGUUCUCUACUCCUCUUUCUUCCUGCAAACCCAUCACCAACCUUAUCUUGUGACGAGAAGUCCUUUAAAGUUCAAGAGAUUCAGAAGGCAGGCGAAGAGAUGGUUAAAGAUUUUGAGGCUAAAACAGAGAUGAAACUGUCCCAGAAAAUGGAGACAUAUGAAGAAAACAGGCAGAAUCAAUUGAAGAAUAUGCUCUCGAAAUUGCAAGAACAUGUAAGUUAAUUUGUUUGCAUAAAAAGACAAGAUCAAAGUGCUUAUAAAAGGAAAACUUUUCCUUGGAGAGCAGCUGAGCCAUUGCUUGCCCAUUAAAUAUUACUACUGGAAGCCUGUGACCUUUCAAAACUUAACAUUUUUAUUUAUUUUAUUCUUGUUUGCAGAUGGUUCAGAAGGUUAAAUUUAAGUGUUAAUAUCUGGGGAGAAAAAAAUGAACACAAAAAUCCUGCUCCUUAAAAUCAUUAGAUUUUCACUAUUCAAAAUUUGUUCUAGAUCUGCAUGUGAUUGUUUAUUUGAAGAGAUUUGUCUUAGGCAAAAUGUGCUUAGUUUAAAUGAAAACAAAACUUUGUAUUAACACUCUUAGAAUGAAUUGUGUCUUGUUCUGCUGUAGCUUUGACCUUAAUCUUGCUUUUACUGCAAAGUAUCCUCACAGAAUAGUAUUAAUAUAUGUAAGUUUAAGUUAUCACUAAAAAUCAUUUUUUCCUGAAAUUGUCAAGGUGACUAAAUUAGAUUUAAUUUAAUGUUAAUUGUCAGAGAUUUGAUGGUUUAAUAUAAUUUAGUGAUGAAUAAAAUUUUCAACAGCAACUUAAUCACACAAACAGGCACACCAAUUUAUUUUCUGUUGGUUAAGUUAAAUCCCUUAACAAAAAGGAAACUAGCAAGAAUCUUAAGUAUACAAGUAAUUUUAUUUUGACUUUCCGCAAAUUGCAGACUUCUUGCAAUUUACAUCUUCACUGUGGCCCUUUUACUCUAAAAGUUAAGGGUUUGCUCUAAAUAUUUUUGUUUAAACACUGAGUUAAUGUUGUAUUCAAGUCAAUUAACAACCAGUUUGAUGUCCUCACUAAAUAUUUUGAUUGUUCAAUUGUUUAAAGUGUUUACUGUAAACUCAAUGGUCAUGUCUGCCUCUAAAUCUGAAUUAAGUUAUAGUUGAGUGGAAAUGGCUUGGUCAUGACAAAAAACACAGGUUAUCAAUCUUUUUUAUUUGCAACCCCAUUUUAUAGAAGCAAAAAGACCCGCUUCACCAUUUUACAGACGCAAAGUGAAUCCUAACCCCGUAACAUUUAAAAAUAUUAAAACCAUUGGAGAAAAACCUAUUUAAAAUAGAUGCAGUAUUAUGAAAUUAUUCAAACUUUAUUUAGACCUUGAUUAUUUAAUAAGUCUCUAUAAAAUGUUUACAUUUUUUAGUUGGAAACCAGGGACAUAGGAUGUUUAAAAGCUAAGUUUACGUUUCCUUUCCAAAUCUUAAAGCCAUAUCAUUUACCCCUGCUAUUUGAUGCUAGCAUAUUUUAUGGAAAAUUAACAUGUUUUUAGUUGUUUUGAAGUUGAAUUGUGGUGCACUGUAAUUUGAAUUUGUAUAUAUCAUGCGAUAAUAGUCUACGUGGGAUCAUUUUUAAAUGUUAAAAUUAAUGUUCAUAUUUGUAUUAUUUUUAUUUUUUUCUUCUUAUUUUUUUAAAUUAAAUACAUCAAUAGCUGAUUUUUGCAAAAUUUUAGUACCAGUAUCCUCUACAAAGACUUUUUCUUUUUUUUUUACUUAGAAAAUAAGACUAUUGCAUCAUGACUCUGUUUGCCAUCUCAUGCUGGUUUAAGUUGUCAAUAAUUGCUUGAUUUAUUGUAUUAUUAUGAGAUAAAAUUUCAUUUAUUACCCACUUAUGAAGACUACCCGGUAUUUAUAUUUUUCAUCAUUUUACUGAAUUUUUUUCAUAUGAUUCGUUUCUAAACUUAUAAGAUCUGCACACCAUACAAAUCAUUGCUUGGUAAAAAUUAAAACUUUGUAGUCUAUACCAUUUUGAUCAAGGGGAUAAAAAUAACUGGUGUCAAUGGAAACUAGUCUUUUGUUUUUUGACACAAUGUGUAUUAACAUUUGCAAUGAGUAGGGAGUUUGUAAAAUGUGUCAUCUUAUAUAUUUUUCCAUUUAAGUGAUUUACUGUAAAUUUGCUUUUAACCAAAAGAAACAUAAAUUUCAGUCUUAACUUAAGCGUCUGAAAUGGUCAGAACGUAAUAUAUAUUAAAUGACAGUUUGAAAGUGAUUACUGCAUUUUUCUUUGUUCCUUGCUUGCCCUUUUUUUAUGUAAAUUUUUUUUUUUUAUUUUUUUUUUUUUUUGGUCUUUAGUCAGACUUAUUCUCUCUAUUUUUUUUCACCAGGCCAAUCAUAUUAAUGAGGUCUGCCAGGCUAGCGAAAGCAGAGGGCCCUCAACAGAUGAUCUUCAAGAACAGCUUGUACUGAAGAUGGAGAAUGCCCUCAAAAACAGAGAGGAGCAGCUCAGAGGAUUGCAGGAUCGCCUGGCUGAACAUGUGAGUUUAUUAACAGAUUGUUUAUUUGCUUUGGGAGAAUUAGAUGCAAUUAGUAAUAUGCUUGUUAUAUUGUUACAUGGAGUAACCAAGAUGAGAUCAAUAAUCCCUCAAUUUGUUUUUUCGAGUCCUUGUGCAUUUCAGAUUUUUUUUAGUAACUGCAUAUUUUUUUGCUAAAUAAAAUAAAAUAUUCAGGUUAAUGGGCAUCUUAUGUAAAUGGGAAUGAAAUUCAAUGUGUGAGGCUAAAUGAACCUAACAUUUAUGAACAAUGAAGUUCAGUUUUAUGAAAAUGUAUGUUUUUUGUGUAAUUAGAAGAAAAUUUAUAUUUAAAAACAACGUUAUUUGUGCUGUUGUCAUGUUGUCCAACCAAAUCUUCAUAAAGGAUAUUUUUUUAAAGUUUUUCCAAUUAAUUUUUUUUAAAACAUCAAAAUUUUGGUGGUUUUUAUUUUAUUCAAAGGUAAUAUGCAAAUUUUCUCUAAUUUUAUUUUAGGAAAACCGCAUUAAGGAAGUGCAAAGGAAAAAGCUGAUUUCUGAAUCAGGGGAUGCUGAUAAGGAAAAUUAAGGCUUUUGCAUUUGAGAUGAGGAGAGAUCUGAACAGAUCAAUCAUUGAAGAAUGAAUGAAUAGACCUCAGAUUACAGCUUACAACCAUACAGGUCACAGUAACUUUUACUUUCAGAGCAAUCAACCAGAGUAUGUUAAAGACAUGGUUUUGUUUUGUUUUGUAGUUUAUGAAAUAGUUGUUUAUAUUGUGCUUACAUUUUUGUUUAGAAAUGCCACAGAAGGAAGAAAAAAAACACUAUGACUUUGUUUCUGGGUGGAAUGCCCGUCUUGUUCAUGGAAUGCUCAAAUUUAAUAGUUGAACUUGGCUUUUUUUUUCUUCUUCACUUAUUAAUAAUAUACCACAGAGUAAUUUUUCAAAUUUUUUUAUAAGGAUAGAUCUUGUACGUGCAAGGUGUUUUAAGUUGACGUUGCCAAAUGUUAAAGACUCAUCCAAACCCUAAGAUAAUAAUACAACUUGGAUCAUAUAAUUGAUGGCUUUUUUUUUUUUAUUAUUAUCUUGGUAUAUUACCUGACCUCAAGUUAAAAUUGGAUGUAGUUGUAAUCGAUCUGUUGCUAUAUCCUCAGUUGACAAAUUUUAGUCCAAAAAAUAUUUUUACCAUUUCUUUAUUUUAUCCUGAAGAGUGCGUUUAAAAAAAUAGCUUUGUGAGUAUGACAGAGAUGGGUGUUUACAAAGCUUUCCUUUUCAAAGCUUCGCGGCAAAGCAAAGCCAAUAAUCUUUCGUAACGCUUUGCUGGGGGGGAAAAUAGAACUAGGAUGUUGUGGUUGGGUAACACCACUGUUCCUAUUCAUUCUCAUGUGAACCAUUUUUGUACAUUUAGCCUCACUUUUCCACUCAGACUUUCAACUACGGCUCAUUGUUGUGUCAGUUUGAUUUCUUCCCCAUUGCCUUAUUGUCCAUAUAUCAAUGUCACGAUAGAUGAGGUAGAGCCAACUUACAAUAAUGUGCUGUUGUAUUUUUAUUUUAUUUUUAAUGAAGUGAAAUACCUGCAUUUUUGUUGUUGGGCUUGGCAUCAAAUGUCUCCAGUGAACAAUCUUGAAAUCAGCUUCUGGCUUUAAAAAAGUGUAGUUUACCAAAACAAAAAGUUGUUUCUCAAUGUUGCUUUUAGUGUCCAUCACUCAAUCUACUCUGCUACUGCUGGACUUUUUUUUGUUUGUUUUUGUGUUAUUGAAAUGCCUGAAUGCUAAGUUUGCCCUUAUAUUAGUGAGUUGAUUAAAUGUUUGCCAGACAUCUUCAGUCAAUGUGAAUCCCAUACUUAAAUAUUAGGCGCUAACAAAUUCUUUAAAAAACUAGUAAUAGUUAUUCCCACUAUUUUAGUGGGUUUUUCAUUCAGAUUCAACUUUUUAUUCUUUUGGAUCUUCUGUGGUGUUUUAUAACCUCAAAUAUAUCACUAUUUUAACAUUAAUUUUUUUUUUUCCCAGUGAAGUUGGGGCGAAAAUGUGAAGCUAUGCAUCCUUUUCUGUUUUCACUAUUGCUUUUUCAAAGUUGACAGCCAUUGUAUUUUCAUGUAAUUGUUGAGCCUUUCAUUGCCUGACAAACUGUUCAUUUGUCCCAACAAUCAAACUUUUUGUUUUCCUCUUUUACAAUAAUUUGUUAAAUGCUUGUUUUCCCCACACUGCCGUGAAUGAGGGUAAAAUAUUGUGUUCAAUUUUUAUUCAUGUUUGAGUUAAUAAUUACUUUUUUUUCAUUUUUAUAAUUAUUAUUUUUAGCUAUAUUUGUUGUUAAUGGGGCACACGCUUUUUCUACUUAAAAAACUAUUUGAUAAGAUAGUAUUCAUUUGUGUACAAUCAAAAGGUAAAAAGGGGGCACGCUUUUUUUGCUCCCUAGUUAUUAUAAUUUGUAUUAAUGUAUUCAAUGUUACAACAUCUUGACCAUUUACGGUAUGUUAGUACUUAAUCUAUUUUUAAUGGGUAUUAAUUAUAUCAAAUAUGAAUUCCAUAUUAUAUAUACUCAAUGUGCUGACUGUAUUGGUAUUAUUGCUUUUGCAUUUUAACUUUUUAUCAAAUUUGUGUCCCUUCAUAUCAAAGAUUAGAAACAUGUACUUGCCCUUUCUGUGAGAUGAACAUUGCAUUAUUAAUUACUCAAUUUUUUCCAUUGAAUGGCUUAAACAGAAACAGGGGGAAUUGGUUGACUUUGUGUUCAUUUAAUACCUUGAUGAGAUUGUACUUGAGGUUUGUUACUUGAUUGCUUCUUCAACUUGGACCAAUCAUAUUAUUGCAUGCUUAAAACAUCCUCCUUCCUUAAAUGACAUCAUCGUUCUACAUAUUGUUUUGCAAAGACUUCAUCUCAUCUGAAUAAUUUUUAUAAAAACGUUUUUGCUUAAACAGCCACCAGUUCACAGAUAGUUUUAUUUAAAUGACACAGUUGAAAUGUUAAGCUAUUCUAGUCUGUUUUUAUUCUCAAUCAAAUCUCAGGAGGGGCAUUUUUACUCGUGGCUAUUUGAGAAAACCACCACCGAGACUAGUCACGUUAUUACUAAGUUUAUUUUGACUAAACUAUGUUUCUAACAAAUGGAGAUUUCAGAAUUUCAAUUUUUAAAAAAAAAAACAUUUAAAUAUUAUUUUUUUUUUUUAUUCUCACUGUAGUAUCUUUGCAAUUAUUUGUUAAACCUUACAGAUGUCAUGUUAUUACAAGCUGUAAUGUUUUUUCAAAGUUUUUAAUUUUUUUGUAUUCAACUUCAAAUGAAUUGGAAUGGAUGGAACAGUGACAACAUCUGGGCCAAGAGUUUCUUAUAAUCAUUCAAACUCUUGCAGCAUACAACAAAUGCUGCCAUUCAAAUGCUUUUUUUUUUUCCCCCAGAAAUUUAUGAAAUACCAACGUAUUACACCAUCGUCCUUUGUGAAGAAAGUGUCCGUGCCUAUGUCAAGACAUCCAUUUAUUAAAACCCAAAACAUUUUAAUAAACUUUUAUUUUCCAAUUUCGUCCAACAUUGCAGUAUUUACAUAUUAUGCUUCACACAGCUUACAUUUUCUUUGUGUUCAGUUCAAGGAGAUGGUUGGGACAAAAGCCCACAGUGUAAUGUCCUACAAUAUGUGCUACAAAAAUCUACUGAGUUGCCAUUGGUUACCAUUCAAAGUUAUGCAUUUAUCAUUUCUGGAAUUGGCAUGCAAUUUUAAGUUACUAUUAAAAAAAAAAACUACAAACAUUUUGCGGAUUAAAUGUUGAUUCAUUUGAGUUGUCUUUAG